GCCAUUCUCAUAUAUGUUUUUCAUUUGUAACAGAAAUGUAUCAAUGUGUUCGUAUAUUAUGGUGUAUCACUUUUAUUUUAACAAUAAUUAUAUCAAUCGACGCUGCAGCAAUCAUACUGCACAAAAACCAUGAAAUGACAUUUUUAGAGAAGUUACGACUUUACUUCAGAUGCCUUGUGAAAGUAUUAUGUCAUCUGUUACGUUUGGGUUAUAUUGGUCCGCUAUCGGAUCACUAUGCGUAUUGAGUGGCUUUUUUCAAAAGUAAUAAAUAUGUUACUAUUUUAAACGUAAUAUUGGUGAAUGGCAUAAAUCACCAUGAACAGAUUAUCAUGGGUUUUACAUUUUAAAAUAUACUCAUUAUUUAUUGUAAACAUUAUGUCCACUUGAAGUAAUAUUAUGGGACCAUGAUAUGUAUUACAGUUAGAUGUUGAUUUUCAUUUCCUUCACAUGACUUAUCUAAUGACAUAAAUUGAUUUAAGUUGGAAUGGG